AAAAAAUUUGGUUUAAUCAAGAAGAAUUGAUUAUUCAAUUUUCAUUUCAAAAGUAUGUUAUGUGUAUGUAUGCAUAAAUGAAAGACAGGCUUUAGUGUAGUAUGUGAAAAAUGGUACUUUAAUACCGUGAUUGUAACAGAAACGAGAUCUGUUCCGUCCACGUGAAACCAGUCGUAAAUUUACAGUAGUUGUUUCCAUUGUCAAAAAGUUUUGUUGCGUGCAUCGUAGCUGCGCGCGUGGCCGAUCGAGGAAGAAGACUUUUGUGCCUUCCACGCCGGGCACCGCCACUUUAUCAUGAUUAAAUUAUUCUCAUUAAAACAGGCGAAAAAGGAUGGCGAGUCGCCAAAAGCUGGCACCCAAAAGAAGGCAUCUGCAGCACAACUGAGAAUCACAAAAGGGAUUUUAUAGAGGUGGUCGAUUUGUCUUCAGCUUUAAAGUUGGACCAAAUUAUCCUCAUGAGCCGCCUAAAGUGAAAUGCGAAACACAAGUUUAUCAUCCUAAUAUUGACUUAGAUGGCAAUGUGUGUCUGAAUAUUUUAAGAGAAGAUUGGAAACCAGUCCUUACAAUUAAUUCUAUAGUUUAUGGAUUACAAUAUCUUUUUUUGGAACCAAAUCCAGAAGAUCCAUUGAAUAAAGAUGCUGCAGAGGUUCUGCAAAAUAAUAGGAGAGCAUUUGAGCAGAAUGUAGCAAAAGCAAUGAGAGGUGGCUAUGUUGGCGCGUUUUAUUUCGAACGAUGUCUCAAGUGACAUUAACGUUCACUUUAUUCGAGGACACAUUGCGGAGAGAGAUCGAGAGUAGAACUCUUUCAUGCUCUAAACAUGUUCCUCUCGUCCAUCUCAUUCGUUUUAUCGGACCUCUCUGCGUCUUCAUGAGUGCUUCGUACCUUUGGUCAAUAAACCAUCGGUUAAAAAAAAGGCCACCGAUGUGCUGUUUUCUAAGAGUUGUGGGAUACUCUUUCUCCUUUCUUUAUUUUUUUCUUUCAGAUGUAAUAAAAAAUUGAAAUUGUAUUUACAUUUGCAAUCUUUUGGUAAUAUAUAAUUAAUUGAUAUCUGGUAAUAUAUAAUUAAAACAAAACAUUGUUAAAUAAAGAUUGUUAAAAGUUGUUUUUGGAAGUACAUAUAAAUUGUUACUGCUUUACCUAGAUAUACUUAUUACAAGAUUAAAUACAAAAACGAGGGUAUAAUUAAAAUUGUUGCAACUUGUGUAAGGAAUUACUUUUAAUUAUAAACUUUAAAUUUCAAUUAAACAUUAUCUUUAUAAUUAGAAUUGCUAAAAUCUUAUUAAAAAAAUGUAUAUAUGUGUACACACAUAACAGCAAAUGUAUCUACAAUUUCAAUCAUCGCAGCUCCUUUUAUAAAUAUAUCUCUCUGCGCUGAAAAUUAUUUCGCAGGAUAUAAAUUAUUUUCCAUAAUCGGAUAUAUAUAUAUAUAUCUGAUAUAUAUGUAUAUACAUAUAUAUAUCGAAUAUAUAUAUAUAUCCUGCAAAGCUCUUCAUUUGAAAUCACUUAACUUAUGUAUCGAUCGAAAGUGGAAUAUAAGGCUGUUAAUGAAAAAAUUUUAUAUUUUAAUUAUUAAUAAUUCUAUCCUAAUGAUUUAAUUUCCAUUUUUCUAGUCAGAUAUAAUAACCAAUGUUACUAUGUAAAACUGUUAUUAAAUUUUAUUCUAUUCCUUUAAACAAAUGAAUAAAAAAUAAUCGAUGCAUUAUACAAUUUUAUAAAACAUGACUGAUUGUAAUUAAUGUCUUUAAAUUAGAAACUUAUAAAGUUAUAAACUUUAUAUAUGAUUUUACUUGAAAGCAUAAUGUACAAAAAAUGAUAUAGUUCUACAUGAAUUUAAUCUCCUUUUGAAAAUGUUAUUACAAUUCAUGUUAACGAAAUUAAAACUGGAAAGUUUGAAUUCUUCAUUUUUAAUUAGCAUUAAUUUAUUAUAUUUUAGUACAGUGUUUAGGAAACUUACAAACUAGAGAAGCGUCCUAGCCUCGAUCCAUUUUGCUCUGUUUUAAGUUAGGUCCCAUCCGCGUCGAGCGUGUUGAAGGCACUUUUUCGAGCGCUUCAAGAGCGAUCGAACUACUAUUUCGUCUCCUUUCCUCUUUCAAACACACAUACAUACACGCGCUCUUUUUCCUCUUUCACUCUUCCAUUUCAUUUUCAUACAUAUCUUUUCUUGUACAAAAAAAAAAAAAAAAAA